GACAUGCCCUCGCGAUUUAAUCGAAGGGACUUCCCACAUCUCCUCACCUUUCUGAGGAAUCUGUCUGCAUUAACUUCCUUAUUUCUCAGAGCAUUAAUUUGUCAGACCUGCCAGACUUUCUCCAGUUUGUUACCUUGAGGAGAAACUUUCAGGACAGAUGGACAACCCUCCAGAACAGGCUCCCCUCGCCCGAGGGAGUGUGGCCGGCAGUGAAGAGGACCUUAUCCCCCCUGCAGCACCCAUAAGGACCUCCAACAGCCGUGCUUUAAAGAUAGCAGGUCUGACAACUCUGGCAUGUAUGCUACUGGCCAGUCAGGUCUUUACGGCCUACAUGGUGUUCAGCCAGAAGCAGCAGAUCCACACACUGAAGAAGGCUUCCGAGAAGCUGGGCAGACAGCUGACUCGCUCAUCUAAUGUUGCAACUCCAAUGAAGAUGCACAUGCCCAGCCUUCCUCUGAUGAUGGACUACGUUGCAGAUGAUGUUCCCAAGACAAGCAAGACUAGCAAGACGCCCCUGACUAAACUGCAGGACACUGUUAUCAGUGUUGAGAAACAAGUGAAAGAUCUGAUGAAGGACUCCCCACUGCCUCAGUUCAACGAGACCUUCCUGGCUAACCUUCAAGGCCUGGAGAAGCAGAUGAACAAGAGCGAGUGGCAGAGCUUAGAGACCUGGAUGCGUUACUGGCUGAUCUUCCAGAUGGCUCAGAAGACUCCCGUUGCCCCAACAGCUGAGACAGCACCUGUGAUCCAGUCUAAAUGCCAGCUGGAGGCAGUGGCCAAGACAGGCAAGCUUGGUGACUUCCGGCCCCAGUGUGAUGAGCAGGGCAAGUACCUGCCCAUGCAAUGUUGGUACCCCACUGGCUACUGCUGGUGUGUGGACGAGUCCGGUGUAACCAUCGAGGGCACCGCCGUCCGUGGCCGAGCUGACUGCCAGAAAGGCGGAGUUCCUCGUCGGGCAAUGAUUUCCCCCCUGCUGUUGCAGAAGACCGUUAGCAUUGAUGAUCAGUAAAAUAAACUGAAGCAAUGACUUGGGUGUUUCUUUCCAACAAGUAAUCUUUCAGACUUGAGAAUCAGUUAUUUGAAGCUGAAUGCUAAUUAAUGUGCUGUAACUGUUUUACCAUGAUCACUUGUUCUUCAUGUAAUCUGCUGAUUUUUUACUUUAUUUUUGGCUGCUACAAAUUAAAUCAAUAGAGGCAUAUUACAGUUUAUUGCUUGGUAGCUUUCUAUUUUUUGUCUUCUUUAAGCAGAGUUAUUAUGGGAUGUAAUCACUUAUAAGUAACCUGGAAAUCAUCAAAUCUAGACAAUUUGAAAAUGUAUGAGACAGAGCACAUUGGGGCAGCUUUUGGGACUAGUAGAAUAAUGAGGACCCCCUUCUUGAAAGGGAUUUUGCUGUUUAAUUUGUCAUUGUCUUCAACAAAAACCAAGCUCAAUUAGAAACAAAAGAGAAACUGUAUUCUUGUUGUUUGUGUUCUCUAAGCCUUUAGAGUGCAGGUAUGAGGAAGUGACUUUUCACAUGUUUGUGUUGUGAAGGCUAAAUAAAGUUUCCAACAACACUG